UUUAGUUGAACCAUUUCGACAUGGGCUAUGAUGAGGGUUAAGAUUUCUAAUCGUCUAUAGAUUUCUUAACUUCAAUUCAUUACUCGUAUUUUCUAUUGGGAACCAGUUUUGCGCUCGGUCGCGUGAAAGUUACGUGUCCACCCUGCCAUCAAACACUCGUGCUACUCCACCAAAGCAAUGAUCAUCCGGCGCACUAUGACUGACUAAUGAAGCGCAGCUGUCUCUCGGCUCAUUUAGGCACCUACUUCGUCGCUGCUUGACGUAUGUCAUCAGCCCAUCAAUGUAAUAUCGCAGUGUAGCUUCCAUAUUGCAGAGCCGAAGUCCAUGAAAAUUUUCUAAAUAAACCUUUUGAUGCCACUAAGAAAAAAUUUAGGCCAGGAUAUAUAGAAAAAAAGGACUUCCGCGAAUGACGGAAGUAAACGAAUGGCAAGAGGCUCAUGAAAUAAUGUCGAAUAAAAUGGCUUAGUUGCAGUAGCAAAUCUCCGAGCAAAAUUUUCAGUCAAUAUUCGAAGUUAGAAAAUACUGAAAAUCUCAUUUGGUUUCAUUUUUUUGAGAAAUGCACCUAAAAUUUUUAAUUGUCUUCAUCUUCCUGAACGUACGCCUGUCGUCGCUCGUGUCAGCAAUGAAUAUCUCGAAUUUUGUGCGCCCAACUUGCACGCAAAGAAACAGUUUGCUGCGCUGGGUGCCUAUGGUCACUAAAAGUCCUUUCAUCAGCUUCAUGAACAGCGCAUACUGUCCGUCCUGGACGACUCGAGACAUCAUCACAAAGCUGCCCCAGUUUACUGACAUUCUGAUUCCUAGAGGAUUGCCAUUUGCUUUUGUCGUUGGAGUUUGUUACAGACCGACCAGCAGAAACUACGAAUUUACUGUCACUCAAGAAUCAGAUGCAUGGGAUGAACCAGUAACUCCAAAUAUGCGAGUUAUCAAGAACUCACGAGGGCACGUCGAACAUAAAUUCCGAGGGAAAGAGUGUCUAGUCAGACAAUUCCUUGCUGCUAACAUAACGCAACCUGGGAGGUUCCAUUGUACUGCCAACUUUGGCUCUAGAACGCUUCAUGAUUAUGUUAAUUAUGAUAUUUCUGAUGCUCCUAUACUGAAAAAAAUUGAAAGUAUCCUCAUAAGUGAGUCUGCGCAGAACAUCUCCUUAAGUUGUCAUGGGAUGUCGACGGAAGAAGUAGCAAACAAUCCAAUCGUGCACGUGUGGUACGGAAGUGGCAUCGAACUUCAGUCAAACUUGACGAUGAAUCCUACUGCUGUGUUCAACAUCACUCGCGACACACGGGCUUUUAGAGUGUCAUGUGCCACGUAUGAUCUGAUGCUUAAUUCUGAAGUCAGAGUAACAGACUUUUUCGUCACGAGAAAACACUCGCUGGCUGAACACAGCGAUCUGGAAACUGGGAAUGCUGGAGGGAACAGAAUUAAUUCAGCUGCUGAUUCACUUAUGGUUGUUGAUUUCAGUGCUGAUCAAUUUCGUUUCAAAUCUAGUAGAUUUUUUCUGACUUGUAUUUUAAUAAGCUUUUAUUUCAAUCUUUUUGCUCGAAAUAUUCACGGUUGAUGAGUAGCAAGUAUUCGGUAUGAAGCCUCAUCUCGAGAGUAACGUUUGACGAAUGAAAAUUAUAAAUUGAACACAUUUCAAGAAUACGCCUAAGAUUAAUUUUCAUAAUUUUUGCAAAUGAACCUGGAUAUAAAAUGAUAAUUAUGCGCCAAAUUUCCUGCAGUUUUCGAUAAUGCUUCGCUAACGAGGCCUUUUGUUUUCAUCUACCGUUAGUUCGGAAGGACCAUGAAUGUUAUGCCCACGCCUUAGCAUAAAUUAAAUAAAGACACAACUCUU